AUGGCUGCAACACUUGUAAAACCACCUAAUUCAACUUAUACAUUUUCCAGUCAGCCUAAAGCAGUACAACAACAGGGACAACGAGAAAAAUUUCGACAAUCAGUCGUUAAUCCACCAGAUGAAAGUACUACGGUUGGUAAUCUUAUGUACGAUCGUCGUGUUAUUCGUGGAAAUACUUAUGCACUUCAUACACUUCCUGCGCAUGCUCAACCAGAUCCAAUUGAAGUUCAACGUCAACAAGAAGCUAAACGACGUGCUUUAGCAAGACGUAAAGCACGAGAACAAAUUCGAACAAGAACGCCUGAACCUGUACAUAAUCGAAAAAAUAUCGAUGUUCAAACAGAACUUUAUCUUGAAGAACUCAGUGAUCGUAUUGAAGAAGCUGAUGUUGAUGUUCAAACUGAUGCAUUUCUUGAUCGACCACCAUCACCAUUAUUCAUACCACAAUCUACUGGCAAAGAUAUAGCCACGCAAAUUGAAGCAGGCGAUUUAUUUGAUUUUGAUCUUGAAGUAAAACCAAUUGUGGAAACAUUAGUUGGUAAAACAGUUGAACAAGCCUUAAUUGAAGUUGCUGAAGAAGAAGAAUUAGCUGAAAUUCGUGAACAACAACGAGAAUAUGAAGAAAUACGUAAUGCUGAAGUAAUUGAAUUACAAAGAUUAGAAGAACAAGAAAGACGUUUAAGAGCUGAAAAAGAUCGUCGAAUGAAACAAGCACAAGAAGCACUUCGAUUAGAACAAGAUGUUGCACAAAAAAUUGCUGCUCGAGCUUUUGCUAAAUCUUAUUUACAAGAUCUUGUUCCAAGUGUAUUUAAUAAUUUAAGAGAAAAUGGAUACUUUUAUGAUCCUGUUGAACAUGAAAUUGAAACAUCAUUUAUGCCUUGGUUAAUGGAAAAGACAAUGACACAAGUUAAUAAUUUAGUACUCGGUCGAACUAUUCUUGAUUCAAUUAUCCGAGAUGUUGUUAAUCAACGUGUUGAUGAUUAUCAAAACUUAGAAGAAAUACUUAAAAAAGUAAUUGAAGGUGGUAUUGAGAUGGGAACAUCAACAGGUGAUAUUGCUCAUGGUUUAGAACAAAAUACUGAUCGACUAGAAUUAGGUCCAGGAGAAUUAAUACCAAAAAAUGAAAAUAAUACAAAUGAUGGAGGUGAAACCACCACGAAUGCCUUGCAGAAUGAUGAAGUUGUAGAUGAGCAUGAAGACGAACAAACCAAUGCAGGUGAAGAUGUUCCUGAUGAAUAG